GUUUAUAACAUCAGUAAUCAGUAUACAGCUGAAGAAAUGCAGGCAUUCGCUCACGUUGUGUUUAUAUAACUUUAGUUUUUAUUAUUCACUUGAUUGAACGUUCGCCUUUACUGGCAUGUUUUAUGCGUUUCAAUUACUAACGUCUAGAUUAUCCUCACUGAAGCUGUAUUCAUUUGUUAGUGAUUACAAACACAAGUCUUCGAUGUUGAAAUAGAAAUCUUCAAAGAUCGGAAGAAAAUGAUUAAUUAAAAUCUGCACAAAGACUGCAAUAAGCGAUACCCAUCAGUACAAAAGGGAAAAUUCAUAACUUCUUAAGAAAUCCCAUCGGUCUUUACGACGCAAUCAUAAAAUGCACACAUAAAACAUGUUAUCGAAGAAAGCAGAAACUAAUUACAAUCAGAAAUCACGAACUUGGAAUAUAAAUUUAAGAUGAAGCCAAAAUGAUUAAACGCUUUAACGUAGACAUAGUUGAAAGUAUUCUUAUUGCAAUAGUGUUGAACAAUGUGGUGCCUGCAGCUGCGACCGAUAUCUCCAUGGAGGAUGAGCUGGUGCUCGGCAGAGACGAUGACUCGGUCGACGGCGUCAACAUCUACAGCGAACAACCCUACUCAGUGCAGCAAACUAGUCUACGACAGAACGACGAUCGUGACGAUGACGAAGAUAUCAAAGCACUGUUAGAAGAAAAAUAUAAGUUUAAUAAUGACGAGACGUCCACGAGAUUCAAAGUGGCGCGCGAGGACAGAGGAGAUUAUACAGUGUCUGACUCGAACGCAUCCCUUGUGCAUGAGCUGAUCUUGCGGCGAGGGAGCGAGUCCAACGCCACUCAGACAUUAUUCCCUGAGAAUGAUGAGCGUCACAUAGCUUGGGCGUUCCGGUCGUACGCGGUGCGGCGCAUCGUGGGCGGCAUGGAGACCAGCAUCAGCAUGUACCCCUACAACGUGGCCAUCUCGCGCAACGCCAAGCACUGGUGCGGCGGCUCCAUCAUCGACGAGCAGUGGGUGCUCACCGCCGGACACUGCCUCGAGUCGGCCUUCGACGGAGACAAGCGCAAACUUCAGCCGUUUAUCAUCAGAGCCGGCAGCUCGUUUCACAAUCGAGGCGGCUACCAGGCACGGGUCAAUAAGGUGUUCUUCCCGCACGAGUACGUGCCCGGCAACGCGGACUUCGACUACUCGCUGCUGCGGCUGGACCGGCCGAUGCCCAUCGGACGCAACAUCGCCGUGCUCAACCUGCCCUCCAAGGACUACAUGAUGCAGGACGGCGACAUCCUCAUCGUCACCGGCUGGGGCAGCACCGACGAGUCGGGCUACGGGCACAUCCCGGAGCGCGUGCGCUUCGUGCCGGUGCCGGUGAUGCGGCUGGAGGACUGCCAGAAGUCCUACCGCUUCUACAUCACGCCGCGCAUGCUGUGCGCCGGCUACGCCACCGGCGGGAAGGAUGCCUGCAAUCACGACUCGGGCGGGCCGGCGGUGCGCGACGGCGUGCUGCUGGGCGUGGUGUCGUUCGGCGGCAAGCAGUGCGGCGACCCGCGCUCGCCCGGCGUCUACUCGCGCGUCUCCGAGAUCACGGAGUGGGUGGAGGAGACCAUCACCCGCAACGAGGCCAGCUCCGUGCCCGAGCUGCAGCCCAAGAUCCUCAAAGCCCGCCAGCGAGAGAAGGAGCUGCAGAAAUUCAAGGCGCGAGUAGAAGACAAGAAGAAUAAGAUAAAGAGUUGGCUGCGAGAAACUCUCAAGUCUCCGACAUUCAUAGAAUUAGCCAAAAAGAAACUCAAAGAGGCGGGGUUCCACACGAGAAGGAUUAACGAUUACGACACAAAUGCCAGUAACCUAGACGACAAAACAAUCGAUGAAAUCAAUCUAACGAAUAUGAUAAACGACAGGAUUAUUGAGGAAGGAGACGGCAGCGAGUCCGACAAACUGCUGAGAACAUUGGCGCUGCACGAAGUUAUGUUAAAUGACCGCGAGACGGAGAUGUUCCCUCAGAGGGCGACGGACGACGAAGGCAGUGACAGCGGCGAGAGGUUUGUUGCUUAUAUUAGUGGAAGCUGAUAAAAAAUAUUAAAAAUUGUUGUUAUUUCAUUUUU